AUGGCUGGGUUUGGAACAACAUUCUAUACUUAUAAAUACAACGAAAAUAUGAUCAACAAAUACCUCGAUCUAAUUACAACGCAAUCAACACUCAAAAUACAUGCCUUCAAUGUUGAUUUUCUUGACAAAUAUCUAAAUGAUGGAAUGCGUGAAACAAGGGUAUGGACGAAAAUUCCAGUAUUAAAUACCAAAAUAAUACUAUUCCCAAUACACAUCAAAGAAGAAUGGGCACUGAUAGUUAUAUUUACAAAAAUAAAAACUAUCGCUUGUUAUUAUAACAAGAACCUCAAUUAUGAAUUUGAAAUGGCGGUCAUAAAAAAAUUCUUAAUCAGCCGGCAAACAAUUAUCGGACAUCAUCCAUCGAAAUGGAAAUCAAUUUACUUCCACAUUCCAAUACAAUCAAGUUCGCACAAUUCUGGACCAUGA